CAUUUCCUCAGGUACUCUUUACACUGAACAACCACUAAAGGGUUAUGUCUCGACUAUUCCCUACUUCCUUACAGAAGUUCUUGGCGUCGAAACUAACUCAACAAGGUUCGCUCUCUCGAAUAGCCUCCUCAUUUCCAGAACCAAUUCAACCUCCGUCUCAAGCUCCAUCUCCAAUCCAACCCCAAACAACCCCAACAAUUGUUGGACCAAUAUCACAAUUUUCAUCUCAUCGCCAGUUCUUUGAGUCACAUUUUGCCUCUAUACCAGUGCAUGCUCUGCGUCAGAAACUCCCCAGGGUCCCCACGGACAUAAAAGGGGUCGAUCAAAUGGUGUAUCGGAUCCUCAACCGUAAGCUGGUUGUUAAAAAUGUCCCACAGUUGAUCUACGGGCCAUACGUACAUCUCCGCUUCUACCCAGAAUCUCAUGUGGUUUCCUUGGCGCGUAAGUCCAACGUGGCAUACAUGUUUACCAAUCGAGGUGGGUUUGCACUCAACUCAAAGGAACUUGAGACUUCCUUCUUGAACUAUAACGGGAAAUAUAAACGGAAUGAAUUCUUCCAACGGAAAAUGAUGCCCUUAGAUACUUCAGUCAACCGUUCCAAGUAUCGUAAGUUUGUUAAAAGGUGUCUCUUUAACUCGUUACAUCGACAUGUUCAGCUGCUUGAGACCCAAUUACCCUUGGUCCGUGGAGUGUUCCAAUUCAGAUUAUUGGUGAUCCCUGUCUCUCAGAAAGAGAAAGAGAAGCUUGCCAAAGAGAUAGAUAAAGUGGUUGAAUCCAUUGUAAAGGGGAAAAAUAAAAAGAUUUCCCAGGUACUUCCACCAACCUCAAGGGAAGUUUCCGCUUUUAUGAGAGAACUUCGACUUAUGGAUGCUCCUGGAGCAAAGAAUGUUCCUGGAUAUUUCCCAAAGUAUCCAUUUCUAAAGCAGUUUGAUAGUAAUACAUCUCCUGAAUUAAACAAUAUGAAGAAAUUAUCAAAUCCGAUUACAAACAAGCUGAGGGCAGCUAGAACAUUCACCUCUCAGAAAACACAAGUUACAAGACUGAAAUCUCCAAAACAAAUAAAGCCAAAUUGAUCUAUCUAUUGCUAUAUUCAUUUAUGUCUACUUUCGAGAUGUUUUAACUGAACAAAUCAUAUGUCCGAGAUUCCACUAGCUAUUUCUGCUCUAAGAAGUCUAUAUGGUACUAGAGAGUAAAUUCCUUCUUUACAUAAAAAGGUAUCUGGGAUUUGACCAACUCUCUACUAAGGUCACCAAUCAUACAUGCAAAAGCAUUAAGUUACUCGUAAUUAUACCAGAGUAUCCUCUACAAGGUAAACUAUCAGCUCCAGAGGACUCAACCUUCUCAUGUACAUAUACUUUUAAAUUAAUAUACAUAAUGACUAU